CAGCGCGUCGUGAAGCACAACCAGGGCUGUGCUGUCGACUAUGCGACUGAUCGCGACACGACACCUCAAGGUAUCAGGUUAUGUCACAACGUCUGACAAUUGUAAACACGCGUAACCCGUCCUAUUGAUUGUGUAACGCGUCGAUGAGGCGACGCGACUUGAAGACUGACAGGAUGUUGAAGCUGGAUGAGAUCGAGAGCGAGAAUGUACCCAACAAAACGAGGAAGACCACGGAGGAGAAGAAGAGCAAGGGCCACAGGAAGAGCAAGCAUGUCAGUAGCAGUGGACGAAAAUUACGAAGCAGCAGCGUGGAGGCAGUUCCUAAGGUGGAACCUCAAGAAGAGGAGGAGACACCGCUAGAUCUGUUGUACCUCACGAAAGAUCCCUCUGAAGUGUCCUGCAAGAUCGAACCAUCUGUAUCCAACGAGGACAAUUACAUUAUAAUGCCUCCCUUGAACACAGAAAUGAGGAUGGAGGAGUUGCUUGAACAGAGUAUGCAUAAAAUCUCUAAGAAUCAAAAGAAUGGCAGGUGGAAGCAUAGUUAUAACAAGAUGGUAUACUUGCGGAAGUACGUAGCUAACAGCGAUCAAGUGACACAGGACGAAACCAGCCAAAGCACGUCCUCCGAGGAGCACGAACGUAUACCUAAAAUUGAAUUUGUCACGUACGACAGUUUGGAAAAGAUGAAAAGGGACAAGAAAUGGGGAAAGAAGUUAAAUCCUCUCUCCCUGCACUAUACAGAUAAAAAGAGACCCUAUUUGAAGUGUCCCGCAUGCGGCUCUACGUUCUUCAGUCCGAAUACGUAUCAGAGGCACUUGCUCUCACAUCUGCAUAUGACGGCCGAGAGUUACAUGUGUAAUUUUUGUAAUUAUUCGAACGCAGAGCCCGGAAUGUUAUUUGCUCACUUGACCAAGCAUCAAAACCAAUGCGAGUCCUGCAAUGAGAGCUUGUUGCGUAAGGACAACUAUGAAAAGCACUAUCAGUGCUCGAUCAGCUUGUUGGAGUGCGGCGUGAAGCGCGAUCAUCAUGGAAUGUUUGUCUGUACGGUUUGCGAAUUGAUGUUCGAUCUUUUGGCUCAACUGGAAAAACACUGGUCCAAGCAUACCUGCAAGAAGCAAAAGUCGUAUCAAUGCAACGAAUGUAGCGGUAUGUACGAGAAUACAGAGACCCUGGAAAAUCACAUAUGCCUCAAGUGUCCCAUUUGCGGCGAGGUUUACGAGAGUCUUCAUCGACUGAAGAUACAUACAAUGUGGACGAAGCACAACCUAAAGUGUCCUAUCUGUUCUUACGAAUUUAUUCUCUCCAUGGACCAUGAGAAACAUAUGGCCCUACACAGAAAAGUUUAUCAGCCCAUGAAAGAUUACAUGCAUUGUUUACGUGCCGUCGAUGGCAAGACGUUUCAAUGUAAUCUAUGUGACAAAAUAUUUUACGCCUUACCCCCUCUUCUUACGCAUCUCACCGAGGACCACAGCGUGGGGAAUGUAAAAGUGGAAGAAGAGGAGAUGGAAGACGACGCUUACGAAUUGAAGGGGGACGCUAUCGAUAUUGUUGUAGUUCCUGAUUUUAAAGAUUCCGACAGCUACUAUGACAAUGAAAUCGAUUCUUUACAACAGGAAACCGACCUCUACGAUCCGUCAUAAAGACAAAAUAUUACUUGAGUUUAAAUCGUGAAAAUGAAAGCAACAAACUUUACCUGCGAAUGGUCGUUAGCCUUUAUCGAAUAUUUCAAACAUUCUCGUAAUAGUGAUACUCAAGUCGGACUACGAAAUAAAACUGAUACAAUUGUAAGUGCCGUUUAUAGAUAUAACUCAUGCGCUAUUUUUAAAAAUGUAUCGUUUGCUUCAGAUUUUGAUAUCAAUUUAUAC